AUGACUCAAGACUUUGACUGUAAUCUCUCAGGACUUAAUAAACGAGAAUUCACUGUCUACGCAAAUCUUCUUGCACUUCGAAAUAAUGGACAAGUUGAGCCAGUCUCCUUGGGCAUGGAGCUGUCUGACAAGAACGAGUCUACUACUGACAGCGAUGUGAUUAGUAUAGACACAAGCUACUGUGACCAAAUUUCAGAUUCAGGAUAUCGUCAAUUGAAAACAAAGUUCCUGGGUUGUCUGGCAGAAUUGACUGCUAAUAAGAAAGGCGGCAAACAUGUUGCGUGUUCCAUUAAGCAAGCGGCUAAGUGGCUUGUUCCACGAAAAAGAGACUUGCCGAAUCGAAUAGUCGAGGAGGUGCUUUGGAAUGAAAUGUUGGCGUAUUAUGAAGACCGUCUCGAAGACACUUAUAUUCCGAACCUGAGGUUGAGCCUCAAGAGUUGUAACACCGUAUUUAACAAUGCCAACAACGACAAGUUCACUACAGCACGUAACAAAAUCUUGGUUCUUCAAAAUCAGACCUUUUCUGGGCUAAAGGCGGGCCAGAGGUUGAUCGGCAGACAUGGGACGCUUGUCACAAAAGCAUAUGAUUUACAAAGGAGCAAAGUGGUCGAGGAGCUUCUCCAAACAUCUCCGAAGUCUACGAAACAAACUAGAAAACUAUGGAUUGAUAUUUGUUUUCUCGGUAGGCUUCGGGUCAUACUUGAGAAAUUCAAAGAGGUUUCUCUUAAGCUCCCAAGUUUCAACAAUGUUACCAUAAUCCCAGUGACCGGUGAUAGGAUACCGCAAAAGGCGCUCAAGGAUGCACUCAAGCUAAGAGAGACCUUGAAUCUCCUUGAUCUUCCGACCGACACCUUAACAGUCGAAACUGUGAUCGGGCCAAGCUGGACUGUUGCCAAAGCGGAGCGGGAGUACGGAAAGUUGCAAAAACAGGCACUUAAUAUACAUGCUGAGAUUCAAAUGAUAUUUUUUUUGAGUAGAAAUGAGCGAUUAAUGGAUAAAUCAUUUGCCUAUUUUGGCUGCAGCAAGUAUAGCUAUUUCAUGUGCUCGCAUUUCCUCAAAGCAUAUGGCAGAAUUGGUACAAGGGGUUGCCAUGGACGACUAUUCAAGCCCUGGACGGUAACCGAGACAACAGGACUAGCUUCUAGCCAGGCGGAUAAAGUAGCCAAAUCAGUGUUACAAGUGCAAAAGGACAUUGAGAAAGAAUUGAAGUCGGACUUCGACAAAGCAGUACGACUUGAAAGGACGUCUGUUGUUGGUGGAAGCAGCAUAUUCAGUGACCGCAAGGCUGAAAAGUCGGGUAAGCACCUGGCAAUAGAGCAAAGAAAAAAGAAAAUGAAGCAAGAAAGAGUUGCUGGGCUAUUCAAUAGAUUAUCAGUAGGAAAGAGUAAAACCGCUUUCCCGAAGCCUACCUGGGGAAACCCGUCAGGGGCCGCAUUGACUAAGUCGAACCAGCUUGGUGAAUGCAAUACCUGCUCCAAAGUAACAUCGCGACCGUGCAGUAUUUGCAAUAGAGAUUUCUAUUGCAGUGAAUUAUGCGAGACUAAGACAAACGGGUCGCAUUUGUUCACGUGUGCCAAGCGACCGCUCACCUCGGCUGAUUAUCUUUACAGGAACAUUGUGAGGGAUACUGUUCCUGACGAGGAAGAUGUUCUUGAAGAUUUCGGCUUUAAUCGUCUGGUAUCAUUUACGGACCAUUAUAAGCUUUUGGGGCUUUAUAAGGGGUUGUGGCUCGGCGAUGUCCCAGUCGAAGAUAUUCACAGAUGGCAAGUUGAGGGCACCCUUAUUGCUAACAUCAAAAAAUACUUCUAUCAAAUCAACGAAGCCAAUCGAGGGGGGUAUUUUCCGUGGUUUCUGGGCAAUCUACAUAUUUUGGAAAAACCAUUCACUCAAAAGCAUUCAACCCAGAAUAUACUAGCCACAUUUUACGACCAAGCCAAGGCUUAUUUGGAUAAAGAAGAUCAGCAUAAACAGCCAAGUCAGUUAGAACCCGAGGCCAAGAUGCAAUGCUAUGAACUUCUAGCGACGGUCCUCCAUGCGGCGCAUCCAAACCCAAUCCAAAAGAACUGGUACAGCUUUGGCUUUUGCACUUGCAAUGACGAGCGAGAAGAAAGCGCGCUUGAGUUGCUCUACAGACGAUUACUACUCGGGAACAAACUUCUCGAUGACCUUCGAGGAAGCAAUCAACGCAUUUUCUAUGGUCCCACCCCGCAAAUAGCCACCUUUACGGAAUUCUGGCAUGCGUACGAGUCUGGUAAAUUAAUUGAACUCAUAGACUCCAAAGGACUGCAAAGAAUGCGAUUAGGAUUCAAAUUCUUACAAUGGUUUCUAUCACUAUCCCCCUCCAGACCACAAGCUUCAGUCUGGUCUUUGAGACAGUUCGUAGCCAUUGACAAUCCCACUAAGUUUCCACCAAAUGAAACACUGCAAGUGGACUAUGGCUUCAUGAAUUGCCAGAGUUUUGAGGAAACCUGCAUUCUGUUGGAAAUUUACAAGAGACUUCUGAGAGAGGCAGAUCCGGUAGAACUUCACGAAGAUUGUUUAGCCGGUAGACUUUUUGAGUUCGCGGAAGCAUAUCAUCAUAUGGAUGAGGGUCAAAGGAUGUUGAUGAGGAAUCCAUAUCCUUUGCGACGGAAGUGA